CCACCAUCCAAAAAACCUCGUAAAGAAUAUCGUUGUGACACUUGUGGCAAGACCUUCUCUCGUUCAGGAAAUCUUAAAACCCAUGUACGAACCCAUACUGGUGAGAAACCGUACGAAUGCAACCGCUGUGAUAAGAAGUUUGCUGACAAGUCGGCUCUCAAUCGUCACCUGAAAGCGCACGACAAACAAGCUGCCGAACGGACGUUUACUUGCGCAACCUGUGGCGAAACCUUUCAUAACCGCGCCCCUUACAACGCUCAUAUUCGCACCGCUCAUCAAAAACCCGCCGCUGCAACUAGGAAACGCACUGCUCCAAAAACUACAGAUGCUCCGUCCGCGAAAAGAUCCAAGAGGUCGGACCAAGCAAGUGCGAGAACAGCGUCAGAACAACCAACUCCCACUCAAGCAUCUGCUGCUGGUUCCAGUUGGGAAGCGGAUCCCGUGCUUAUUCCCGCCAACCUUGUUCCUGCUACAGAACAGAAUAUAGCAGAAACGUACAAACAACACUGGCCUCAAAUCCGGACCCGAUUUAGUCGCCGUAACCGUUUACAAGAUUGGUAUAAUUUCCGCCUGUCCACGAUCAGUCCCACCGCUCUCCGCGAACAACUGAGCAGGAUCUUUACUGACCAGCCUACUGUGUUUAAAGUGAACUUUUCCUUUGGUUUUAUUCUCCGUAAUACAGAAACUGGCGUCCUCCAGUACCACCACCCUUCUGCGAACAACCAUUUGGUGCUAGAACAACCGUUCCUGAUUUCAAGUCCAGACGAUUUAGAGCGCCUAUAUCAGCAGAUAGCGGAGAUCGAUUUCCUGGAGUGGGUGCGGCAGCAGCGACCUAACAGUAAAUGGGUGGUGGAUCUCAUCACGAAUGUGACCUGGUUUGUUUGGAAGAUCAGGGAUCACCCGAUCGGCCGUGGCAAAUAUCUACCAGGUUAUAUCGCCGACAACUACGGUCUUGACGCGCUGGAAAAUAAUGUGAAAACCGGUAAACCCUACGAAGAUAAUCUGUGUUUCUUCCGCUGUCUGGCUCUCCACAAUGGUUGCCACACGAGGAAUUUAGAAAGAGAUACCAAGUACUAUUACCAACAGUACCGAGACGCGGGGUUAGGAAAAAAGAAGUUCCAUGGUAUCAAGAUAAGUGAACUGGACGACCUAGAAAAAUUGUAUGGAGUGAAUAUUCAAGUAUACAGUCUCGCGCCUAAUCAGAGCCAGAGUGAAGACGAAGACAAUGAAGAAAAUACUCCCGAGAUUGCCGCCACCCUGCUUCGCCGCUCUCACCGCCACUACUCCAGCACGCUUUACUUGAACUUGUACGAAAACCAUUUCUCGUAUAUUAAAGACCUGGCCCGGUACAGUAAAUCCUUCUGCUGUUCUCGCUGCGGCAAGUACUGGAAAGAUAUGUGGAAAUGUCAGCGUCAUGAGAAAACCUGUGACGGUAAAGUCCAGCUCAAGUAUCCUGGCGGCGCGUAUCAUGUCCCUAAAACUAUCUUUGAAGAAUUAGAAGACGAAGGUAUUGUCGUACCAGAAGAAUGGCGGUACUUCCCUUACCGCACCACCUUUGAUUUUGAAUGUUACUUUGAUAAAGAGAAAGCGCAAGAAUUAAAGAACACUGAAAAGUUAACCUGGCAAUCCGCCCAUGUGCCCUUAAGUGUGAGCGUCUGCAGUAAUGUGCCUGGUUACCAAGCACCCAAAUGUUUCGUGUCACAGGGAGAUUCAGACUUACUUCUUGAAGAGUUUGUGCAGUACCUCACAAGGAUUAGCACCAAAAGUUCAUCCCUGCUCCGCCAAAGGUACGCAGAAGUAUUUGAAGCUCUUGAAACCGCAAGAGGCCCGAAUAACAGUGAAUCCCACGAAGACCGAUUAGCGCAAAUUCUGGUAGACAUCCAGGAGGGCAGUCAGAAUUACAAUGAAUUUGACAGUGAAGAAGAGAGCGAAGAUCAAAGUAGCGACAUUGAUUUAAUGGCGAGUGAUAAUGAAGAAGAUGAAGAAGAAGAAAUUGAACCGGAGAAUGAAGAAGACCGCGCUUUUCUCGAUGAUGAAAUACAAGAACAGGAAGACGUCUCCUUUUAUAGAAGAUUGAACGUUGAAGUGGACAGAGAAAGAAGACAGCAACUGAGACAGACGCGGGACCAGUUAGAAGAGUUACAAGAUAUUGUAGGUGGUUCAGAGGACGUCAGUGACCACAAAGUCCUCAGUCAACUAGAGGAGAAACUGAACGCCUAUAUACAAGAACUGCCCGUGCUAGGCUUCAACUCUGGCAAGUACGACCUGAAUGCCUCCAAAGAAUUCCUGUUCCCGUACCUCAUCAAGCAUCAGCCCGUCAAGUUUACUGUGAAAAGGAAUAAUAAUCAUAUGUGUAUCAAGACAGACUCUUUAAAGUUUCUGGACAUCUCUAAUUAUCUCGCUCCAGGGUUCAGCUACGAUCAGUUCCUGAAAGCGUACGAGUGCGAACAGACCAAAGGUUUCUUCCCUUACGAGUGGAUCGACAGCCUGGACAAGCUCGAAGAAACAUCUCUGCCCUCGCAUGAAGCUUUCUACUCAAGUCUGAAGAACCAAAACAUUACAGAAGAAGAAUAUGAGUACUGCCAGCAAGUAUGGGAAGAAAAUGAAAUGUCCACCUUUCAAGAGUUCUUAAUCUGGUACAAUAAUUUGGAUGUCGUUCCUUUCCUCGAGGCAGUAGAGAAAAUGAGUCAGUUCUGGCAGGAGAGAAAGAUCGAUAUGUUUAAAGAUGGAAUUUCUGUCCCUGGUUUAACCCUCAAGUACCUCUUCUCUUAUCUUUCACCUCAAACUUACUUCAGUCUCUUCGAUCAAGCGAACAGUGAUCUCUACCAUCUGAUCAAAGACAACAACACGGGCGGCCCAAGUAUUAUUUUCCACCGAUAUCAUGAAGCCGGCAAAACAAAGAUCAGAGAAGCGGAGGAAGGCGAGGCUGCUAAGCUGUGUGAGAAGAUCGUGGGUUAUGACGCGAACGCUUUGUACCUCUGGGCGCUCAUGCAAGAUAUGCCCACGGGAAGUUAUACGAGACGCCUGUCGGACAAUGAGUUCAAACCGAAAAGUUCUGUACGCAUGGCUAUUGAAUGGUUGGAAUGGGUGGCGCACAAAGAGGGAAUUCACAUCCGACAUCAGUUAAACAAUACAGAAAAGCGCAUCGGUGGUCGUAAACUGCCUGUGGACGGUUUCAACGCGCAGACGCAAACUGCGUACCAGUUUCACGGCUGUUAUUGGCACGGCCAUGACUGUGCUCUCAACCGAGGGAAAGAGUUUAACGAGAAACGCAAGAAACCUAUGGCUGAGAUCAGAGAAGAAACGAGAGCCAACACGGAGUAUAUCCGCAGCAAAGGGUACAACGUGGUGGAAAUGUAUGAAUGUCAGUGGAGAGAAAUGAAGAGAACCAACCGAGAACUACGGCGUUUUAUUGCCACCGAAGUGAGAAGAACCCUCGACAAAGUCAAGAUCAUGAGCCCGGAGCGAAUAUUGAGCGAGGUGCGAAAUGAGCGUUUGUUUGGGUGCGUGGAAGUAGAUAUUCGUGUGCCUGAGCAUUUGAAAGAGAAAUUCAGUGAAAUGUGCCCGAUCUUCAAGAACACAGAAAUCAGCCGCGAUGAUAUUGGAGACUUCAUGAAAGCGUUCGCAGAAGAGCAUAACAUCAUGGCUCAGCCUCGGCGAAGCUUGAUCGGGAGCAUGAAAGGAGAAAAAAUCUUGUUGGCCACACCCCUCCUCAAAUGGUACUUAGAACACGGCCUGGAAGUCACCAAAGUCUACCAAGUGGUUGAAUUCACCCCUGAGCCCUGCUUCAAACCCUUUGGAGAUGCGGUGUCAGACGCGAGGAGAGCCGGAGAUGCGGACCCCAGUAAAGCCAUCAUUGCAGAUACCAUGAAACUG